ACUAUGGGCUUUUUAAGUCCAGUGUGUUUCCUUUUCUUCUUUCUUGGAGGCAAAGUAUAUUGUCAAUAUGAAAGUUAUCAAUGGGAUGAAGAUUAUGACCAAGAGACAGAUGAUGUUUACCAACCAGAAUUCCAUUUUCAUCAAAAUGUGGACUAUCGAGUGCCUUUUCAUCCGCAUGCUUUAGGCUGUGCCAGUGAAUGCUUCUGUCCACCUAACUUUCCAUUAUCCAUGUACUGUGAUCAUCGCAAACUCCAACGUAUCCCAAAUAUUCCAGCACACAUUCAGCAAGUCUAUCUGCAGUUCAAUGAAAUUGAGGCUGUGACUGCAGACUCAUUUAUCAAUGCAACUCAUCUUAAAGAAAUCAAUCUCAGCCACAACAAAAUUAAAUCUCAAAAGAUUGAUCACGGAGUGUUUGCUAAAUUGUCAAAUCUACUACAACUUCAACUACAGCAUAACAACUUAGAAGAAUUUCCAUUUCCUCUUCCUAAAUCUUUGGAAAGACUUCUUCUUGGUUACAAUAUGAUCUCCAGACUGCAGACAAAUGCCGUGAAUGGACUAGUAAACUUGACCAUGCUUGAUCUCUGUUAUAAUCAUCUUGAUGAUUCUAUGUUACAAGAAAAACACCUAGCCAAAAUGGAAAAAUUAAUGCAGCUCAACCUAUGUCAUAAUAGAUUAGAAUCAAUGCCUCCUGGUUUGCCUUCUUCACUUAUGUAUCUGUCUUUAGAAAAUAAUUCAAUUUCUUCUAUACCAGAAGGUUACUUCAAUGAACUUCCAAAACUUCAUGCUCUAAGAAUGUCCCACAACAAACUACAAGACAUCCCAUAUAAUAUUUUUAAUCUUUCCAACCUUAUAGAGCUCAAUGUUGGACACAACAAACUGAAGCAAGCAUUCUAUAUUCCAAGAAAUUUAGAACACCUAUACCUAGAAAAUAAUGAAAUUGAAAAUAUCAAUGUUACAGUGAUGUGUCCGUCUGUUGACCCACUAUAUUACCACCGUUUAACAUACAUUCGUGUGGACCAAAACAAGUUAAAAGAGCCAAUAAGCUCAUACAUUUCCCUCUGCUUCCCUCAUAUACAUAGUAUUUACUAUGGUGAACAAAGAAGCACUAAUGGUCAAACAAUACAACUGAAGACCCAAGUUUUAGGGAGAUUUCAAGAUGACCCUGAUAGUGAAGAACACGAUGAUCACCAAGAAGACUCAGAACAAGAAGGAACAGAAGAAAAUGUUGACCCUCACUAUUAUGGAAGUCAAGAAUGGCAAGAAACUAUAUAG